GUGUAUAUGUAUGCGUAGACAUUUCGCUAUGUGACUGACACAAACCGAGAACAAACAGCGCCGCCAAACAUCCAUCACGCAUACUACUGCGUAGAAACAUCAAACUGAAUUGUUGCUUGUGGUAUCUCUCUUUUCCGGUCAGACAGUACGACCAUAGCAAGAUGCGUAAGAUUAUGAAAUCUGGUAAAGUCGUAAUCGUCCUUUGUGGACGUUACGCCGGCCGCAAGGCUGUUGUUGUGAAAACCUUCGAUGACGGAACAUCCGAUAAACAAUUCGGACACGCUCUCGUGGCUGGUAUCGACCGGUACCCACGUAAAGUGACAAAGAAGAUGGGCAAGGCUAAGCUGAAGAAGAAGUCCAAGAUAAAGCCAUUCUUGAAGUUGUUGAACUACAACCACGUCAUGCCAACCAGAUACAGUGUAUCGGACAUUGCUUUCGAAAAAGUGAGCGUGAAGGAUCUUAAAGAUCCAGUUAAGCGUAAGACACACCGCUUCCAAACACGUGUCAAAUUUGAGGAAAAAUACAAGGCUGGCAAAAACAAAUGGUUCUUCACCAAGUUGCGGUUCUAAUCGGCCUGAUUGGAAUACAUUUUUACUAGUGUAAAAAAAUUAAAACCAAUAAAACCCACAACAACAACACAAUAAACGAUAAACCGUAAAAAAAAACAAAAAAAAAAUCCAACGCAUUCGAUUCCAAUUUCUGUGAAUAGACUUUGUAGUUUUUUACAAAUAGUCUGGGUAACGAAAACAACAUCUUUACUUUUUUUCUUCUUUGACUUGCGAGUUGAAACAAUUGUAGCGACGAAAUGAUUACAGAUUAUUUGCAAGCGAUGGAACAUUUUUUCAAUAAAUCUUUCUAGUAAAACCA